AUGCCCCACACUGUAAGUCCCUCCCGACUACCCGCUUCCGGGGUUCUAAUUCGUUACCAGACUUUGACACUCUGUAGUUUUGCUGCAUGUCGACCGACCAGGCCAAGAAGCAGCAUUCCUCUGCCGUGUCUGUCGGAACCUUUCUUGAGUGUAUACCGGUCGACAACCCCAGGAUCACGGUCGUAUCGAACCAGACUUUAUCGAUGA